AACGGGACUUCAACCAUGUCUGCUUUCCUAAAGGCCGUCUGUGUUCUCCUGCUGAGUGCCUGCCUGGCAGCAGGCACAAAUGCACCCGCAAAAGAACGGCACUACUACGUCGCUUGUAAGGAAGUUUGGUGGGACUACGCACCCGGAAGCUACAACAAGAUCACCAACACCGCCAUUUCGGCCGACAGUGAUGCAGCCGUGUUCCUGGAGCCAGGUCCAAACCGGAUAGGCAGCGUCUACAAGAAGGCAGUGUUCCGGGAAUACACGGACGGAACCUUCACCGUGGAGAAAGAACACCCGACAUGGUUAGGGUACCUGGGACCUACCAUUAGUGGAGAAGUGGGGGAGGACAUCAUUGUCCACUUCAAGAACAUGGCGUCACGGGACUACAGCAUGCAUCCUCACGGAGUUUUGUACGAGAAAAACAGCGAAGGCGCCCUUUACUUUGACGGUACUUCCGGUACGAACAAAUCGGACGACCAUGUGCCACCGGGCGAGACUUACGUGUACACGUGGCAGGUGACUGAGAACGAGGCUCCCGCUGACGACGAUCCGCCAUGUUUGACCUGGAUGUACCAUUCGCAUGUCGCUGCCGACAGGGACAUGAACGCGGGCUUGACGGGAACGAUAGUGACCUGCAAACCAGGUUACCUUGGUGACGAUGGAAAACAAAAAGGAGUUGACAGAGACUUUGCCAUAAACUUCGGCAUCCUUGACGAGAACAACAGCUGGUACAUAGACGAGAACAUCGCGCACUUCCUGAACGUCACCGACGAAGAGGCAGCAGCCCUGAAGGAAGACGAAGACUUCCAGGAGAGUAACUUGAUGCACGGCAUAAACGGCUAUCUGUACGGAAACCUGCCCGGCCUGGACAUGUGUGUGGGAGAGAACGUCACGUGGCACCUGGUGGGGAGGGGCGGAGAGGUUGACAUCCACACCAUUCACUUCCGGGGUCACGAAGUCAGCGUCCAAUUUCACAGAACGGACACAGCAGGGAUAUUCCCAGCAUCUUUUGCGACUGUUGUCAUGGAGCCACGGAAUGUAGGAGAGUGGAUGGUCAGCUGUCAGGUUGGAGAUCACUUUUUGGCUGGAAUGCAGGCCCUAUACAACGUUAGCGGCUGCGGUAACGUCAUGCCAGAAGAAACUCUGGAGGGGACUGUCCGCCAUUACUACAUCGCAGCAGAGAUGGUGACCUGGGACUACGCACCUUCAGGCAUAAACCACUUCGAGGGAGGGAGUCUUCUCAAAGACGGCAGCGACUCGGUGGUAUUCUUCGAACAAGGGCCAGAGCGUAUCGGAGGGAAGUACAAGAAAGCUCUCUACAGGGAAUACACCGACGCCACUUUCACGGUGCGCAAGAACCGCACUCAGGAGGAGCAGCACCUAGGCAUGCUGGGACCGGUCAUCAGGUCAGAGGUCGGGGACACCAUCAGGGUGACGUUCAAAAACAUGGCGGACAGGCCGUACAGCAUAGAGCCACAUGGCGUUUUCUACAACAAGUCAAACGAAGGGUCUUCUUAUGGAAGUGAUAACAAGACAGCAGGUGGGGGUGUGGAGCCCGGUGGAACCUUCACCUAUGUGUGGACUGUCCCUCCGUCCGUGGCGCCAACAGAGCGAGACCCUGCGUGUCUAGUGAACCUGUACCGGUCAGGGGUCAGCUUGGUCAAGGAUGCCUACUCCGGACUGGUCGGGCCUCUGGUCGUUUGUAAGGCAGGGACUCUGGACAGCGAAGGAAAGCGGCUUGAUGUCAGCUCCAGUCGAGAGUUCUUCCUGAUGCUUGCUGUCUACGACGAGAACCAAAGUUGGUACCUGGAGGACAACAUUGCGAACUUCACAGAGUCUGGAACUGUUGGCGAUACAGAGGAUGAAGACUUUGCAGAGUCAAAUCUUAUGCAUGGCAUCAACGGAUACAUGUACGCCAACCUCCCCGGUCUGAGCAUGUGCACGAACGACAACGUCACGUGGUACGUCAUGGGUCUGGGGACCGAGGUUGACAUCCACACCUUGGCGUUCCACGGUCUGACCUUCCAGUACCACGGACAGACCCGGGACUCCAUCUCCAUCUUCCCUGGGUCCACAGAGACUCUGGAGAUGGUGCCAGAUAACGAGGGUGACUGGGCUAUCAAAUGUGUGACCAACGACCACUACAGUGCCGGGAUGAAGGCCAAAGUGUCUGUGGAGACCUGCGAUGCAGACGGCCCACAGUUCUGGUUCCGCAGCUCAGGGAACAUCCGGACGUUCUACAUCGCUACUGUGGAGGAGGAAUGGGACUACGCACAGGACAAAAGAGAUAUUUACGGAGACAUUGUGACUAAUGAAAGCAGCUCUCUGUACGACCGAAUCUAUUCUGGACCAACCAUGAUUGGAUCACAGUACAAGAAAGCCCUGUAUCGGGAGUACACCGAUUCAACCUUCACAGUCCAAAAACAGAGAGGACCACGGGACCAGCAUCUGGGCAUGCUUGGACCAAUGAUCGAGGCGGAAAUAGGUGACGUCAUCUUGGUCUACUUCAAGAACAUGGCGUCACAUCCCUACUCCAUGCACCCGCACGGCCUGUUGUACAGUAAGUGGGACGAGGGGGCGCUGUAUGAGGACAAGACAUCGGGGGUGUCAAAAGGAGACGAUGUCGUAGAACCAAAUGGCAUGUAUGCUUAUACAUGGUUUGUUCCACCAAGAGCGGGUCCUACGGAGAAAUCAGACAACUGCAUCCCAUGGGCCUACUACUCCAGCGUCGAUCCCGUCAAGGACACCAGUUCGGGUCUCAUCGGCCCGCUCGUGGUUUGUCGGCAAGGAACGCUCGGUGCCGACGGGCGCCGAUCAGACGCUGACCGUGAGUUCGUCCUGAUGUUUACGGGGACGGAAGAGAGUAACAGCUGGUACCUGGACGAGAACAUCCAGAAUCACUGCGGGAAUCCAGAUCAAGUGGAUCCAGAGGACGGGGAUUUCGUGGAAGCCAACCACAUGUUUGCUAUAAACGGCUACGUUCUCCACAACCUCCUGGGUCUGGAGAUGGUUGAAGAUGAGGAUGUCGUGUGGUACCUGAUGGGGAUGGGGACGGAGGUGGACACUCACACCGUGCACUUCCACGGACAGACCUUCAUCCACACCACAGACAACAGGAGGCACCAUCGGGGAGACGUCUGGGACCUCUUCCCAGGUGUGUUUGCUUCUGCUCGGAUGAGGCCGGAGAACCCAGGAACGUGGAUCAUCCACUGCCACGUGGCAGACCACUUUGACAAAGGGAUGAUGGCCUUCUACACUAUCAAAUCCAGAGAACAUCAGGAUGAUGCAAAGACAACAGGGCUGCCUAACACAAAGACAACAGAACUGCCUGAUGCAAAGACAACAGGAUUGUCUGAUGCAAAUACGACAAAAUCGCCUGAGAUGCAAAAGACAACUAAACCAGAUCCCGGAAGUGUCAGCGCACAGAAAGUGGAAUGGACCAGGACUUGGCAGCCAUUCGCGAUUAUGGGAGCUGUCAGCGUGGUAACACUCCUCGUCGGCUUCAUGAUCGGAUACCUUGUCAUUCGAAAGAGAAACAAGGGCAAGGGAAGAAACAUGGAGAUGACCGGAUACGACAAUACGGGGGCGGACUUAUAAUCCAAGUGUGAAAGCGACUCAUUUAGCCUAACGUUACUGCUUUGAAAAAAAACUAGACAUUUUCAUCCUUUCUAUUUCAUCAACCUGAAUAAGAAUACAUCGGAUUGUCUGUAACGUUACAUCAGUAAUGGGAAAAGGGUACUAGAUACUGUUUUGAGUGUGGAGUGCGUUUUAGUAUGGGCUAUUAUUUUGGCAAAAGAAAUAAUCAUGAAACGGAUUGACUUUGCUCGGUUGUGUUCAAAUGCCCAUUCAUGCACAGCAAAUCGACACUAUAAAACAAUUGGAUUCUUUAACUGACUCCACUAUUUAUUUUGCUCGCCAAGUGGGAUUCAUUGCGGAGUUAUACAUGUUACCUGGGUUACAACCUUUGUGCCUGAUGAACAAGAAGUACAACCCAUCUAUGUGACUGUUGAUAUACCUGAUGUGGAAAGUAAUGUGGAAGCUAUUAUUGUUCAGCUUAAAUAUAAAUCAAACGUUAUGUUGUUUUAUAUAAGAUCUUAAAAGUGUUUUAUCUAAUAAAUAGAUCCUUAGGGUUGGUAAUAUCAGAUGAUA